AUGGAACUUGAAAAACAAUUAAAUAAAGAAUUUAUUAUCAAAGAAGAAAUAUUAGAAGAACCUGUUGAAAUAGAACAUGUAUCAAUUAAAGAAGAAAUACCAGAAGAAACUGUUAAAAUAGAAAAUAAUUUAACUAAGCAUGAGCUUAUUCACAUCGGAAGAAAAACUUUUGAAUGUGAAAUUUGUGAUAAAAUAUUUAUUACAAAGUUUGGUUUAGUUCAACAUAAAUUCAUUCACGGAGGAAAAAUGCCUUUUUCUUGUGAAUUUUGUAAUAAAGGUUUUACAAAACAAAUAAAUUUAACUAGACAUAAACGAAUCCAUACCGGAGAAAGGCCCUUUGCAUGUGAAGAUUGUGAAAAGACAUUUACCCAGAAAAGUGAUUUAAUUACACAUAAACGUAUUCACACAGGAGAAAAACCUUUUACAUGUGAAGUUUGUGAUAAGAAAUUUGGUAAUCAUAACAAUUUAGUUGUUCAUAAUCGAAUUCAUACUGGAGAAAAACCUUUUUCUUGUGAAGUUUGUGAUAAAAAAUUUAGUCAGAAACAUCAUUUAAGUAAACAUAAACGAAGUCAUUUUCGAAAAAAACAUUUGAAUGUGAAGUCUGAAACUGUUCGAUUGGAGCAUGCAGGAAUUAAAGAAGAAUUACCAGAAGAAAUUAUUAAAAUAGAAAAUGUCUUAAUUAAAGAAGAAAUAUCUGAUGAAAAUUCUUGAACAAGA